AUGACCCCAUUUUACAAGUACGCGACCGAGCUUUUAAAAUUGCCCUUCGACCAAAGUUUAUUUGCCAAAAUGGACUCUGUCAACAAAGAAGAUCUCGCAAAGUUUGAUGAAAAGGUCGAGGAUGCUGAACAAAAUAUGGGUGAAACUGAAGUAAACGAGGCACUGCUUGGUAAAGCUGAUUAUUAUGCACAAAUCGGUGAUAAGGAACGAGCUUUAACAGCAUACAACGACUUGCUGUCAAAAUCAAUAACACCUGGCACACGUAUCGAUAUUGUUUUCACGUUGGUUCGCAUCGGAUUUUUCUACGACGAUAAUGCGAUGGUACGAACAAAUAUCGAAAAGUUAAAGGAACUUGUCGAGCAGGGUGGAGAUUGGGAUCGUCGCAAUCGCCUCAAGGCAUACGAGGGCGUGUAUAUGAUGUCAAUCCGAGAUUUCAAGGGCGCCGCAUCUCAAUUCAUUGAUACAUUAAGCACAUUCACCAGCACCGAAAUGAUGCCUUACAAAGACUUUGUAAAAUACGCAGUCUUGACCAGCUUAAUCAGUAUGCAGCGAGUUGAUAUCAAGAAGAAGGUGUUGGAUGCCCCUGAAAUUCUUGAAGUCAUCUCGGAUAUACCACAUAUCGAAGACUACAUGACAAGCUUGUACAACUGCAAUUAUGCUCAAUUCUUCCGUGCACUUGCCGACAUUGAGCGCACCCAUCUUCGUACUUCUCGAUUUUUGUACCCACACUUGCGCUUCUACGUUCGUGAAAUGCGAAUUGUAGCAUACGCACAAUUACUCGAAAGUUAUCGAUCCUUGACCAUCGCUAGCAUGGCACAAGCAUUUGGCGUCACCGAGGAUUACAUUGACCGUGAUCUGUACAAGUUCAUUGCUGCUGGACGUCUCAACUGUGUUAUCGACCGGGUAAAUGGUGUGAUUGAGACGAAUCGACCAGACGCCAAAAACGCCCAGUACCAAACUGUCAUUAAGCAGGGCGAUUUGCUCCUGAAUAGAGUCCAGAAAUUAAGCAGAGUCAUUGACGUUUAA